AUGAGUCAUAGGAAUGGAUCUAAUUCAUCAAUGGAUGAAGUAGAUAGAUCAUCUGGAAAAAGAAAGAGUGAUCUUGGUUCAAACAAUGGAAGAUCAAGUCGUGAUAGAGAUGAUAAUGACGUAGAUGAUAGAAAGAGACAAAGAAAAGAUAGAGAUAGAGAUUAUGAUAGAGACUAUAGAGAUAGAGACUAUAGAGAUAGAGACAGAGAUAGAGACUAUAGAGAAAGAGAAAGAGAUCACAGAGAUAAGGAAAGAGAUAGAGAUAGGGAUAGAGAAAGAGAUAGAGAUAGAUAUAGAGAAAAAGAAUAUGAUAGAAGAGAUAGAGAUAGGUACUAUAGAGAUGAAAGAGAUAGAGAUAGAGAUAGAGACAGAGAUAGAGAUAGAGAUUAUUCAAAUAAUAAGAGAUCAAGCUCUGAAAGAACUAAUAAUGAUAGUAUUAGAACAAGUAAAGAAAGAGAUGAUAGUAUUGCAAUUAAUAAUAAUAAUAGUAAUAAUAAUAAUAACCAUGGGGAAUCAGUUAAAUUACAAGAACAACAGAAUAUAGUUGAAGCAAAUAGCAAUGGCAAUAAUAAUGGUAAUGUUGUUGCUGCAACCUCAACCUCAUCCACUUCAGUAGCAGAUAGAAUAGCUCAAGCAAAGGCGAGAAUUGCUGCAAGAAAAACAGAAUUGAAACAAGAUGAACAACUUAGUAGUACAAUCAAAAACAAUAAUCAAAUAUAUGUAUCACCAAAUGUAGCCUCACCAAUAAUACAACAAGAAUCACCAACACCAUCUACUACAACAACUACACCAACUACCUCAGCAAUCAAUGAAAACGUAUCAGAAGAACAACAACAACAACAAGCAGAUGAAGAUGAACCAGCCAGUUUGUUCUUUGAUCCAAGAUUAACAAAGGGACCAAAGAAGAAAAAGACACUCGAUGCAUUCACCUUUGUAAAACCAGGUAAAUUCACAAAGAAAGCAGAGCAGAUGAGAAUCAAACAGCUACAAGAAGAGAUUAGCAAGAGAGAGUUGAUUUCAUCGACAAUCUUUGAUCUAAAGCCAACAUUCAAACUCGACGAAGUUCCAAACAUUGAAUGGUGGGACAAAGAUCUAUUAAUAGAAACCGAAAGAGCCAAAUUGGGUUCGACUAAUGCCACUCCACAGCCAAAUUCACCUUUGUCAUCAACAACAGAUACAUCAUCAGCAUCAUCAUCAACUAUGGAUACAAGUGAAGAUUCAAACACAGCUAAUUUGGCUAAAGACGAUAUCUAUAGCAUUUUGACAGGUGACAAUUUAGAACAGAUGUUGGAUCAUGAGGAUUGGAGUUAUAUUGAACAUCCAGUUCAGAUACCAGCGCCAGCAGAGAAUGGUCCACCUCCAGUACUUCACAUUAUCCCACCACCUAAAGAAAGAAAGAGAAUGAGACGUUUGCGAAGACAAGAACUCUUCAAUGAGAGACAGGAACGUAUCCUAGAUGGACGUGAAGCACCACCAACCAACAAGGUCAAACUCAGCAACUUGAUGCGUGUACUCACUACCCAAGCUGUGUUGGAUCCAACUCAGAUUGCUGCCACUGUACAAGCACAAGUGGAAGAGCGUCUACAAUCACACACAAUGCGUAACCACGAGCGCCGUCUCACACACGAACAACGAAAGGAAAAGAAACAACAAAAACUGAUUGUCGACAACUCUCGAGAGAUGAAAUGCUCACUCUUCAAGAUCAACGAUCUCUCACAUCCAUUGCAUCGUGCCACCAUCAGCAAGUUUGCACGUCAGUCACUCUCGACAGGCUGUGCUAUUCUGAACAGCAACUUUUGUUUGAUCGUUGUGGAAGCUGGAAACAAGUCGAUGAAGAAAUUCAAAAAACUACUGACCAAGAGAAUCAAGUGGGACGAACCACCUCCCGUCACCAAAGAACAAACCGAAGAAGAUUCAUCCACCAUUCCGAAACCAAAAGAUCCAAAUCAACCAAACACAUGUCAACUCAUUUGGGAAGGUCCUAUCGAGAAAGCAAAUUUCAAGAAAUUCGAACAACAUAUAACCCAAACCGAAUCACAAGCCAGAAAACUGCUACAAGAACAUAACAUUCCACAGUAUUGGGAAAUGGCAAAAAAUUAUAUUAGUUCGCAAUACUCGUAA